AUGAACCCUCCCUCCUCCUGAUAAAGUAUAGAAACAUUGAAAGUCAGCAGCUGUACAGUGCAAGAUACGUCCCUAAUUCACAAACAUAAUACUAAAAUUACAUCGAGAAGAGUGUCGUUCACAUCACUUCUUUCACAGUGAUUGAUGUGUAUGAGAAAAACCUGUGUGACACCACUUUUUGUAUCAGCUGAUGUGUUAGUAAAACCCUGAAUAACUCGGUGACUGUUGUGUCUACAUCAUCAUCUGCUUAUAACCUAAAAUGGAGAACCUGUCCUACGACACGAUUGUUAUCGGAGCUGGAUUGGCGGGUAUUUCUGCUGCCCGUACCCUUAUCCAAAAUGGCGUGCAAGAUGUUUUGGUCUUGGAAGCUCAAGAACAAGCUGGAGGUCGAGUCCGAACGGAAUUUAUACAGAAUUUUCCUUUCGAUUACGGUGCCCAGUUUAUACACGGCGAAGUUGGUAACCCACUGUACGAUUAUGCAGCUCGUAAUGGAUUGCUGUUGAAUUUGCCGUCAUUCGAAGGCGAAGGGAAUUUUUAUACUCAAUGUGGUAUUCGUGUCGAUCCUGAGGCUGUGGAAGAAGUUGAAAAAUUAGUGGAAACCUCGUUACAUAAUCCGGACGCUAUUGCCGCUGAGAACAUUCAGGAAAUCUUCGAUUCGGUGAAGAAGGAAGUUCAUCACGAUAUCAAGUUGGAGGGUUUGCUCGAGUGGCACAAAAAUUAUCAGCUAAUUGACAAUGCCUGCCAUCGACUUGAUGAGCUAUCAGUUGAAGCAUGGAACCAGUACCAAGAGUGUCCGGGAAAUUACUGCCAGUUAGUGAAAGGUGGAUUUAUCGCAAUCGUCAAUCAUCUUUUAAAAGGAAUCCCCGAGAAUGUCGUCAAAUGCGCUCAACCUGUAGAGAAGAUUACCUGGGAAGGUAAUAACGCCGAUGGGACGGGCGUUAUUGUGAAAACGGUCCACGGAAAAGAGUAUAAAUGUAAACACGUCAUCAUAACUUGUUCAAUUGGUUUUCUGCGAGAACACUGGGAAGACUUUUUUCAGCCUCACCUACCCCCCGAUUGGUUGGCCAGAUUCAACUGCAUUGGUUUUGGAUCCAUCACAAAAAUUGCCAUGAUGUUUGAUGAACCAUUUUGGGAAGGGCAUUGCAAGGGAUUUCAGUUCGCUUGGACUGACACCCAUUUGGGUCACAGUUUAGCUUACAAGGAGCCUUGGUAUCAUUACCUAACCGGGUUUGACGUCGUGCAAGCCUCCAAUCCUGCAGUUUUGCUCGGCUGGGUCGGUAGUCGAGGCGCCCUUUACCUGGCCGAGCAAGACAUAGGCGACGAGGAAUUGGGUGAAGAAUGUGUCAAAGUGUUGGAAGAAUUCACGGGCCAUCCUUCAAUCCCAAGACCUUUUAAAACCAUUCGCACACGUUGGCACAAGAAUCCUUACGUUCGUGGAGCGUUCAGCUAUCGUACUGGCGUUUUUGAUCCGAAAAUACUUGACCCAUUGGGACCCGUAAUCGACGGGCAACAGAUUCCUUCGUUGAUUUUUGCCGGAGAAGCCUUGGAUGUAUCGCAUCAUUCGACGGCGCACGGAGCGUUUUCGUCAGGGCGUGAUCAGGCUAUGAAAAUCGUUGAAUGGAAGAGGAAUUUAUCCAACAGUGCAUCCAGCUAGACUUGAACGUUUCAACAGCUGCACAAGAGCGAUCAACAUUGCCUUUUCAUAUUGAGAGCCAAUAUCGUAUGCCAUUUUCUAAAUUGUUUAAUCUAACGGGGUUUAAGGAAGUUUGCAAUAAAAUUCUUUAAGAGUUUUAA